AUGACCGGACAAUCGAACAUCUCCCUGGAGCCACGAGAGAUAUACCUUCUCGGCAUUGGCACCGGGCACUCCGUUGGACCACCAAUGCACAAUUACAUCGCGAAGUCUCUCGGACUGCCAUGGACGUACCAUACCAAGGAGUGUCCCUCGAUAGAGGAAUGCCUGGCGCUGCUGCGGUCGAAGAAGUGUGCCGGAGCAGCAAUCACGAUGCCGUUCAAGCACACCGUAUUGGCCCACCUGGACGAGUACGACGACCUCGCAAAGACUCUGAAUGCCUGCAACACAGUGACCCAUACUACAGACGAUAGACUGAUAGGGUCGAGCCUCGACUGGUGUGGUAUAGCUGGCGCUCUGCAAGAGAGCAGCGUGGGACUGGACGAGCCGGCGCAGAAGAUAGGCCUCGUCAUCGGGGCUGGUGGAGCUGCACGCGCUGCUGUAUAUGCUUUGGCCACCGAGAUGGGAUGUAGCACGAUCUAUAUCUUGAACAGAGAUGUCCAAGAAGUAUUGGAUCUCCAGGCAGAUGUCGAAGCGCACUACGUCAGGAAGCCGUCCAUCGUCCAUCUCUUGGCUGAGGAACAGCUAGCUGGCUCAGCCACGCCCACAUAUAUCGUCGGCACUGUUCCAGAUUUCGAGCCUUCCACGAACGAAGAGAAGACCGUCAAAGCGAUUUUGGCUGCCGUUUUGGCCAGGCCCGAGAAAGGGGUUCUCCUUGAUAUGUGCUAUAGGCCAAGGCGCACGAGACAUAUCCAGCUCGGGGAGCAGCAUGGCUGGCGGACCAUCGAAGGGAUCCAUGUCGUUGGCCAUCAAGCGGAGCAUCAGUGGCGGGCGUGGGCGGGCGAGGAGAGGGUGAAGAAGUUGGACAACGACGGUCUUUGGAGGGAGCUGCGAAAGGCGGCUGACGAAAGUUCUCUAGUCACACCGAAGAUGUAG